AUGAGCAGCUUUGGAAGAAGAACAUGGGAUAGAAAAGAAUACGCUGAACUUGCUAAGCAAGGUCAACAAACAUAUGAGCAGUCGCUUCGAAGUUCAUUGACAGAUGUUCAAUUACAACAGCUCAAGGACAAGUAUACAGAUCAUCAUGCAUUGAUGCAAGGCACUAUGAGUGGUCUGAACCAAAAUACCCUCGUGACAGGUGUUAGUUCCUACAAAAAGGGUAAACAAUUUGGGUUCUACUGCGAGCUGUGCAAUAUGACGUUUAAAGAUAAUUUGCAAUACAUCGAUCAUCUAAAUCAUAAGACUCACGAAGUGAAAUUCGAAGCAGUUUUCGAUGAACCACUAGUGAAUGACACACGAGAUAACGAUGAUCUUAGGACGGAAGAAUUCGAAAGCUUUUACAUAGAAACUGUCAAGCAUUUCGUUAACGAUCAUCAACCGAAAGAGAAAAGAGUUCACAAACCCAGGGGAAAGCGACCUAAAACUACUCCAUCUCAAGAUUCCAGUGAUAUUUCCAAGAUGAUGGGUUUUGGUUCGUUCGGAGGCGUCAAAAGAUGA